UCCCCGACACCCAAGAAGCGAGCCCGCCGGAGCCGAGGCGGGAUGGCCGAGUUCCUGACGGAGUCUGAGAUGGACCUGCUGGUCGAUAACGAGGACAAGAACGGCUCGGCGGCUCUGGGCGAGCUGCACCGGAUGGGCGAGUUCACCUACAAACUGAGCGAAGACGACACGAGGCGGCUGAUCGAGCUGCGAGCUGCUAACGAGUCUCUGUUCACCGGCAGGAGGAACACCGCCAAACCGGCGUGGAGGGGGAUAGUGAAGGAGAUGGGGCUGACAGGGAAGAUAACACCUGACCAGGUUGCCAAGAAGUGGGACAACCUGAAGACCAAAUUCAAGGACCUGAAGUUUCCUCCUCGGGGGAUGGAGGGUCAGACCAACCCGGCCUCGUGGCCCUGGUUCCAGCUGAUGAGCGACGCUCUGGAAGGCCGUCUGACGGGCAAAGCUCCCCGAGUGACGCCCGUCUGCAGCGCCCCCCUCCUGGCCCCCGUCACUCAGGACGACGAUCAGCACCCGGACCCCGCCCCCAGACACAGGCCCCGCGCCGCCCCCGCGCCUCCCCCUGCCCCACCGACCUCCCGCCCGUCUUCCUCAGACUACGCGGCGGAUGCGUUCGGAGACGGCGCGGAGCAGAACCAGCGGAGCUCGGAGACGUGCGACGGGCCGCUGGGGGGGCUGGAGAGGGAGUGGGAGAUGGUGGAGAGGGAGAGGGCGGCGCUGGAGCGAGAGAGAGAGAUGGUGGAGCGAGACCGAGCGGCGCUGGAGAGAGAGAGGGCGGCGGUGCAGGCGGAGAGGCUGUGGCUGGACCGGGAGCGGGCGGCGGUGGAGCGGGACAGAGCCAUGGUGGAGCAGGAGAGGGCGGCGCUGGGCCGGGACAGGGAGGUGCUGGACCAGAGGGCACUGAUGCUGAACUCUGUGGGACACUCGGGGCACCUCAACGCCCUCAUGUAGACCGCCGGCGCGGCGUGGGGGCGUGGACUAUCCCUGUACGGACCUCGUGGCGGGCUGGCAAACCGCCUGCUUGUCUGUGAAGGACAGAGCUCGCUGAGUGGGCGGGAUCAAACGGCUCGGCGUGCAGGUCCAUAAUAAUCAGAAACAUCACCUGAGUCAGGUGUGGCCGAUGGCGUGUUCUCAGGCGGCUGUCGGGCCGCCGUUGGAUCUCUGCAGCUGUUCGGCCGGAGGAGGAGGAGCCAGCGCGGCGCACCGCUCCAGAAGAGGAGGAAGUGGCCGACGCUCAGCAGCAGUGAUGAAAACGGUCCGGAGCUGCCUGAGAACACGACCUUACUGCGGAGGCCAGUACGUUUGGUUCUCAGUGGACCGUUCCGGGAACGUUCUGGAAGCGCGCUCCUGGGAUGCUGACUGGUUACCAGGAACGCUGCACAAUCAGCGUCAGGCAGGAGUUUUGUUUCUGUGUUUAAUGAAAGUUCAUCAAGUUAAACUCGUUUCCAUCCUCAGUGCCA